UCCCAGAAGGAAGACAAACGCUCAGAAAGAGAUCUAUUCGAUAAAGGGCCCUCAUUUGGAACAAUGGAAGGUGACUGUAAAGUGACUCUUUUUGCUGCUGUGGACUCAGAGUCAAAGAAUUCAACAAGACCCGGUGCGAAACAUGGCUCAAAGCUAACCGUGGCCCUUUUGGGUUUCACGCUAUUCCUCGCUAUUGCUGCUGCUGCUCUCCUCAUCUUUAAUCUACACACCAAGAAACCAGGACGAGAUGAGGAGAGUUUUGAUAUUCAUCACACUUUACGGCAGCUCUCCAACGUCAGAGCUGCAAUUCAUUUAACAGGACAAUACAAUUCUCAAAUGGCCAACUCAGUGGAAUGGAGCAAUCAGGUGGACCCAUCCCAUUCUGAAGGGGGUCUGGAGCUCAAGAACAACGAGAUUGUGAUCCCUCAAGCUGGCCUUUACUUUGUUUACAGUCAAGUAUCUUUCCGGGUCAGUUGUCGCAUCGAUGAGAACGACGACACGUCCGCAACGUCAAUGGUCCACCUGACCCAUAGAGUGAGACGCUGGUCCAGCUCAUUUGGGAAUGACGAAUACCGGACCAUCCUGCACUCUGUCCGGACUGCCUGCCAAAAAACAGCCGGCGGUGAUGCUGACGAAGAGGGCGGCUGGUACUCCGCUGUGUACAUGGGAGCUGUCUUUAACUUAAAUAAAGGAGACAGGUUGAAGACCGUAACGGAGAAAAUGCUGCCAAACCUGGAGGAAGAGGCCGGGAAGACGUUCUUUGGUGUCUUUGCCAUGUGAAAACAUGACAGGCAAAGCUAAAUAUGAAGAAAUUGACGGUGAGCUUUGACGACUGCUCGCACACCAACACAAGGUUGGCUCUAGAUAGUCAGUAAGAAAUUAACGUAAUUCAAACGAGCUAUGGUAAAAAUAGCAGGCUAAGCAACUUCACCGUAAGGUGAUUUAGUAACGAACCGGAAUGUACUAUCUCUGAAAUAUAAGGGGUUUCAAUAUGUUAUGUACUGUGUACUAUCAAGUGUCAGUACCUUUUGCUGUACUACAACUUAAUUUGUCAAAUGUAUACAAUUGACAAUUGUUCAAAGUCAACACACUGAAAAUACGCUGAGAUCAUUAAUGAAAAUGCACUGUACUGUAUGUAUUUAUUGAAUCUAUUUAUAUAUUUAUCUGUUUAUUUAUGACUGAGUUAUAUGUGGUUUAAUAACUUCAACAAUGUAAACAGAAGUUAGAAAAUUGUUGUUGUUUUUUUUUUUUACA